AUGGAAUUCUUUAUGAUAGGAUAUUCAUUUGUUUUAUUUUACAGUGGAUUAAAAAAUACGCCGGUUAGUGAAUUUAAAAUUUAUGGUGGAUCAUCAUGUUUGUAUAUCGAUGAAAUGGACGAGGACCUUUAUGAUAAUGUGCCAAGAUUUAGAUGUCCAGGUAAGGAUGAUAAUAGAAGGAAAGUGGUAUCAAUUAAACCGCUUGCAUUACUUGUGCCGAUGUCAUCUGUAAUCAGUAAUGUCGCAUAUAAUCGUGGCGUUCCAUUUUAUGAAGCAUUUUCGGAUAUAGCAAUUUUUGAAGUGGAACCUAUCAAUAAAUUGGCACUAAAAUUAAAUGAAGGAAAUGAUGAUGAGGAUGAUGAUGUGAAUUUUGACGUGGCAUGCAUGCCGGAACCAAUAAUUCAAAAUGAUGGAUCUAAUCAUAUCAUUAUUUCAUAUGGACGUAGAAAAAAUUUAUUACACCAAAAAGACGACAAUCCAGUAAAUGUUAAAUUAAGUCUUCUCCUGGAAAAUAAUGUUUAUAUCGAUGAAUGCCCGGCAAGUAUUCCAUUAAUAGCUUGCUCACGUGUUAUGAUAAUUGAAGGUGAACAAGGUGCUACUGAGGGUGAUAGUGGUGGUGCAAUUAUAAAAGAAUUCGACGGUCUUACGGUAUUAAUGGGUAUUCUCUCAUUUCGUCAAAAUAUUGGAAGAGCUUAUACAAAAUUUAUGUUUGCAACACAUAUCAGUGAAUUUCAUGAUUUCUUUUGUUAUUAUAUUGGUAUUUGCAUAUAUAAAGAUUUUAUUGAGAAAGAUUAUUUGGAACAUCCCGAGGAAGUAAUCAUUCUCACUGAUAAAGCUGGAAAUAAUACCCUUGGCAAUGGUAUAUGA